CCGCAAUCUCCCAUCGGCCAAGCCCCGACGACGAGCCGGCGGACAACCCGCCGCCUCCUGAAAGGAAAUCCAGCUCGAGGUGGUCGAACGAACCAAGCUUGGCGCCGCCGUCGCGGAGACGCACCCACCCAACCUGCUCCACACCCGCGGGGGGCUCUCCGCGACACCGCCCGUUUCGCCACUAGUAUUUUUUACUAGUACUUUUCACUGGCGCGCGCGCGGGCGCGGGCGCGAGGCGAGGGAGUGGCGGUGGCGCGCCCGCGGGGCGAGCACCACCACCACCAGCAGCCACCAGGAGGCACACAAGUCGACAUAAAAAAAGGAGACGUCAAGACCCAAACAAAGAGAAUCUUCGCGACGGGGAUGCGAGGCGAGGCGCCUCGUGGUCGUGGCGCGGCGCGUCGCGGUCUUUCCCUUUCCCCCCUCCUCCGAGUCCUCCUCUUCCGUCGCGCUCGCUGGGGGUGGACUGGGGUGUUUGGCUGCGUGAGUGCGGAGCGGCGGCUAUAAAGGGGGAAGAAAGAAACAGCGCCACCCCGAUCUCCUACCUCUACCGCUGCUACUCACCACACCAGCCGCCGCCGCCUCCUGAGCCACGCAGUUUGCAGGUCUGAUACUGCUUGUUGGUUCCUCCCCAUCAAAAUGCUUGGCUCACUUAUGUCUUACUCACCUUCAGUGGAUUCAAAGACGGAGAACACUGAUGAGUUAAUUGCGACUGGUGUUCUUGCUAGUCUGCAGAAUUUCAUCCGCAAAUGCAUUGUAGCUGUCCUCUCGUAUGGCCCAAUGCCUAAGCAUAUUGCAUUUAUUAUGGAUGGUAACCGUAGAUAUGCUAAAUUCAGGAGUAUCCAGGAAGGCUCUGGUCACAGGGUGGGCUUCUCUGCUCUCAUUGCCAGCCUGCUCUACUGCUAUGAAAUGGGCGUGAAGUAUAUCACGGUGUAUGCAUUUAGCAUCGAUAAUUUUAAGCGAGAUCCGACUGAGGUGAAAUCCUUGAUGGAGUUAAUGGAGGAAAAGAUCAAUGAACUGCUAGAAAACAGAAAUGUCAUCAACAAGGUUAACUGUAAGAUCAACUUCUGGGGGAACUUGGACAUGUUGAGCAAAUCAGUGAGGGUAGCAGCUGAGAAACUGAUGGCUACCACUGCUGAAAACACGGGACUGGUCUUCUCUGUUUGCAUGCCAUACAACUCCACUUCUGAGAUUGUCAAUGCGGUCAAUAAGGUCUGUGCAGAAAGGAGGGAUAUACUGCAGAGGGAGGAUGCUGACAGUGUUGCGAAUAAUGGUGUGUAUUCAGACAUUUCAGUGGCAGAUCUGGACCGCCAUAUGUACAGCGCUGGUUGCCCCGAUCCUGACAUUGUGAUCCGGACCUCAGGUGAGACUCGCCUGAGCAAUUUCCUUCUGUGGCAGACGACGUUCAGUCAUUUGCAGAAUCCAGACCCUCUUUGGCCGGAGUUCUCUUUCAAGCACCUUGUCUGGGCCAUACUCCAGUACCAAAGAGUUCACCCUUCUAUUGAGCAAAGCAGAAAUCUGGCUAAGAAGCAGCUGUAAUCACAUCCUCCCUGGGAGGAGAUAGAAACCAUCAUACAAGAUAUCUGUAGUUACACAAUAAUCUGUAUUCUCCUGUGGUAUCUCCUGGAAUAUGAAAUAUAUAAAGGAUAGCUAUGCCAUUGUAUGCUUGAACAUGUGUAUGCUUGAGUUGGUCCAAAUGUGUGAAAUGUAAUAACAUUUGGUCUAAGCAAAGUGCCUUACUUUCCCUGAA